UCGAACCGAUUUCACGUUUCACCGAAUUCAGUUUGGUUAUUCUCCUAGCUUGUGAAAGUGAAACCCUCCUUUCCUUGUUCAAUUCUCACUGGGGAAAAAGGGGCCGUCAAUCCAAGGCGCGGCAAAGAAACCGAUAAUCACUCAGGCUCAACUCGAACCCGCGAUUCCAACCUCCGCCGUCGCCGGAACGGAGCCUGCAGGAAUCGUGGUGGCCGAAACGGACGAUGAGUCGCAGAAGAACGAAAACUCCCCUGUACUCCGGCGUCGAUCGUAUCAGGUAAGCCCCAAAGGAGAUAUCGGGUGGAGAUCACUGGGGAAACUGUCGAUUGGUGAUGUGAAGUUGAGCGAUGAUUUGGUGCAGAAGAUACUGUCGGGUUGUCCUGCGUUGGAGAUGUUGGAAUUGUAUCGCUAUGAUGGCUUCAGUCGUUUGAAUAUCAAUAAUGCCAGUUUGAAGAAGCUUAUCCUGAGAAAAUUUGUGGGUCGGACGUAUGAAGAAGAUGAAGCUUAUGGUGAAGAUGAUCCUGCAGUAGAUGAAGCUGAUGGUGAAGAUAAUCCUCAAGUAGAUGAAGCUAAUGGUGAAGAUGAUCCUCAAGUAGAUGAAGCUGAUGGUCCUGAAGUAGAUGAAGCUGAUGGUGAAGAUGAUCCUGAAGUCGCGGACUGGCAACAUGGCCCUGAAGAAGAUGAAGCUGACGGCGAGCAUGACCGUGUAGGGUUGGUGAUUUCGGCUCCUUAUCUCCAGACAUUGGAGAUUUCUGGUCGUGCACCGAGGAAUUGUCGGCUGUUGGACUUAUCGUCUUUGGUUUAUGCUAAACUUGCCUGUAAAUUGAUCAGUGAUGGAGGUGAUGUAGAGGAUGUAGAGGAUUUUGAGAGGAUCCAAGCAGAGUUUAGAGGACUUUUGUCGAGCUUUGUUCAUCUGAAGAGUCUUGCAGUAGGUGAAUGGGCAUUGCAGGUACUACCAAUUAUGGAAGCAAAAGGCUUGACUUCUCCGUUGUUGAAUUGCACAUCUCUAACACUCGAGACUUGCCUCACGAAUGAUGUCUUCCCUGGUGUAGCAAGCAUGCUUGGAAUUUCACCGAAUUUGGAGACUUUGGUCAUAACCAAGUUUUUUCCCUCAGGAGGAACUCAGUACUAUUGGAUUCAACAAGCUAAACUUUGUAACUUCAAAGAAGAGCACUACUGGACCUCACAGAAAAGGAUUUUCAAGUGUCUGUCGCGGCACCUCAAAAACGUUGUGUUUGCUGAUUCAAGUUGGCUUCAGAUGUAUGGCUGUGAAUCCAACUUCUUCGAUCUUGUACAGUUUCUUCUGAAGAACGCGAAGGUGCUGCAAAAGAUUAUUAUCAACACGUCAAGGCUAGAAGAUGUAAUGCCGAAGGAGUUUUUCCAAGCUUCUAAAAAGAUUUUGAGCUUUCCAAGAUCCUCUCCCGAGGCAGUAGUUCUGUUUUCCUAGUGAUAGACAACUAGAGUAGUUCCACUUCCUAUUAAUAACAUGGUGUUAGUUUUACUUCUCCUCCUCCUUGUAACUACUCUCUUGAAUCGUUUCUCGUUUGAAGUGCUUGUCGCCACAUCUAAAGACUGAAGAUUGUUGGCUUUACCGCAGAUAAUUUUCUGCUUGCUGUUCCGGAGCUUGUUCUUCCCUUUGGAACAACACUUUCUUAUUUGUUCUCAGUAGACUGCUUGAUCUUCGCUAAAAUAGUUGUUAAUAUUUGCUCUCA